AUGGUGCAGACAGAAGGAGCAGGUGAUGAAGGAGGGAGAGGACCAAGCACCUGGGAUCAUAAUAUCGAUGAUGGAAUUGGAGACAAGGACAGAGCAGUUGAUUCAUACCAUCGUUUCAAAGAGGACGUGCAACUACUGAAAUAUAUGGGGGCAGACACUUACAGAUUUUCCGUUUCCUGGUCAAGAAUCCUCCCUGAUGGGACCGUUGCCAGUGGAGUAAACCAAGAGGGCAUCAAUUUCUACAACAGUUUUAUUAAUGAACUGAUAAAAAAUGGGAUAACCCCAUUUGUGACACUCUUCCACUUUGACUUACCUCAAGCACUGCAAGACAAAUACGAGGGCUUCUUGAGCAGACAGAUUGUGGAUGAUUUUAAAGCCUAUGCCGAUAUUUGUUUUCAAAAUUUUGGUGACCGAGUGAAGUACUGGACUACUAUCAAUGAGCCACAAAUCUUUGGGCCGUACGGUUAUGAAACUAGGAACCCAAAUCCAAAACCUGCAACAGAUCCAUAUGUUUCUAGCCAUAACAUUAUCUUAGCCCAUGCCGCAGCUGCAAAACGCUACAAAGAAAAAUACCAGACAACUCAAGGGGGAGAAAUCGGUGUUUCGCCAAUGGUACAAUGGUUUGAGCCAUAUGGAGAUGCACUUCAUGAUAAAGAUGCAGCCAAGAGAGCAUUUGACUUCCUGGUUGGAUGGUUUAUGGAACCAUUAGUGUUUGGAGAUUACCCAUUCAUCAUGAAGGCUUUGAUAAGGGAUGGACUUCCAGAAUUCACAGAAGCCGAGAAGAAUUUAGUUAAAGGGUCCUUUGAUUUUAUUGGAGUCAAUUAUUAUACAUCUAGAUACGCGCUUUCCCAACAGUUUGAAAAAAAUGAUAACUAUUCUACCUUUAGUCAAUACCAGUAUGCUGAGCUCAAAGUUGAUAGAAAUGGGAAACCCAUUGGUGAUCGGACACCAGGUAGCACUCAAAUGUAUAUCUAUCCACAAGGGUUAAGGGAUGCAUUGAUUUAUAUGAAGAAAGAAUACAACAAUCCCAAGUUCUACGUUACUGAAAAUGGAUAUCCAGAGAAACGAAACGAUACUAUCCCAAUAAAGACUGCACUGAAAGAUAAUGCGCGAAUUAAAUAUAUUAAAAGCCAUCUUUCUGCUAUUUCAGAAGCCAUGAAGAAGGGGGUAAACGUAAAUGGAUACUUCAUGUGGGCUUUAAUGGACUGCAUGGAAAUGGGGUCAGGCUACACUGCUCGAUUUGGGCUUGCUUACACAGACUACCUUAACAACUUUAACAGAAUCCCCAAGAAGUCUGCGAAAUGGCUCAAGUCCUUUGUGAAACGUUAA